UUACUAACCUAUAAUUUACUGCAAAGUUCAUACAAGUUUUUACAAAAACUGGUGUUUUUCUUUUCUCAAUAAUACGUGCACGGUUUUUCGGUGACUUCACAGCGGUUGCAAGGAAAUCUCUUUAAAGAUGUCCUCCAUAACAUUGAAAGAUGUUGACCAGCACAAAUUCGUUGCUGCGUUUUCCGCAUUCUUGAAAAAGAGUGGUAAAUUGAAGGCUCCAGAAUGGGUGGACAUAGUUAAAAAUGGUAAAUUCAAUGAAUUGGCACCGUAUGAUGAAGAUUGGUAUUAUACUAGAUGUGCAGCCACAUUAAGACACAUUUACUUUAGAUCACCAGUUGGCGUUGGAUCCCUUACUAAAAUUUUUGGAGCACGUAAACGUAAUGGAGUGAGGCCAUCUCAUUUCUGUCGCAGUUCUACAGGAAUUGCACGUAAAGUUCUUCAAUCUUUAGAGACAAUGAAAUUGAUUGAGAAGGUAGAGAAUAAUAAUGGCCGUCGAUUGACAUCUCAAGGAAGACGGGAUUUAGAUCGUAUUGCAGCACAAGUGAAACAAGCAAAAAAGAAGAAGCAAGCCCUGUUAGCUGCUGAAACCGCUGGAUUCACUGUGCUCAUUCCGAAAACUGACUAAAUGUUUUUUUUUUUUUGUAUCUGAGGAUAAAAGUAAUUAAAUUACUUUUAAAGUUUGAA